CAGGCGCGCAAGAGUUCGGUUCAGUUCAGUUCAGUCGGACUCCUCACGGGUUUGAAUCAGAACCGAACUCUUCAAAAUGACUCGCGCGGUCCCGGAUUUACCAGAAAUAACGAGCGACAACUUUGAGGAGAGUUUCUCAUCUGAUCAGAUCUUCAUUCAGUUCUUCAAUGAUUUUCUUCUUCUGCCGGUGUUUGCUGUUCCUGUGAGGUAUGAUUGGGUCUCUGCAGGCUUUGAGUUGGUGGAUCAGACAGCUGUUGAUGUGUCCCGUCGGAUCAGAACAUCUCUACAUGAACUGCAGUCCAGAACACUCUCUGAGCCAAACUGGAUCCCAGCAGAUCCUGUAACAGACAACAGCUACACCGUAACUUGUCUGGACAGAGAUCAAACCAUCCAGUGGCUGAAGAGAGAUCGACUCGUGUUCUUUCUACAGAGUGACUGUUACUUUGAGUACAGGUUGGCUAAAUGUUUAUCUCAGCUCAGUGCUCCAGUGAGAUCAAAACAUCACAUGACUGCAGACGCUUCUUUAUCCUGCAUGACGCUGUGUGAUGAGUGCUGUGUUCGGUCUGGUCAGAAGUUUUGCAGCUUUUCAGAUAACAUGAACAGCAGCCGCCGCUCACAAAACACUCCCUCACUGAAGACGUCCAAUCACAGCACAGCAAACGAUCUGACGGCAGUUCAGACAACCAAACACUGUGCAACCCCUGUAACUCCAGCCCUGGAGACAGCAGGACGCAGUUGUAAUGCUGGUGUCCAUGACGACAGACAAAGAUUUCUGAACUUUAAGAGGUUUCUGGAAGGUGGACAGGGAGAGAAUGUUCUGCAUCUGUGGAUGGACAUAGAGAGACUGAAGACACACAACACAGAGACCAAGAGCAGGUAUUUAGUGUGGAUGAGGAGUGAGUAUGUAGUCAGCACUAGUGCGGCGGCUCUGAGUGUGGAGCUGCUCUCUAGACUGGGUUUAAACAGCACCAUCUGCUGGCAGGAAGACACACUGCGUCACAUUCAACCUCAUCUGUUCGAGAUCCUGCUGCUGUACUGGGGUCAGCGCUUCAGCUCGUGUGUGUCUGAUCAGUGGUACACAUCCGAGCAUGGGUUCAGUUCUGUCUAUGCGAAUCUCUGCACUCACAGCGCCACCUCCCUGCCAACAUACAUUCACUUGCCUGCUUGCAUCUGCUCCACCAUCUGUGCAGAACCCCGUCCCGCAUUUGUCUGCAGCAAUCUGAAGGUGGACAGUCGUGCGCUACAGACUCUGUUGGAAGUUCUUCAGACUGAAUCGAGAUCUGGCUUCUUUUUCACUCAUUUCUGUCAGAAUUCAGGAAACAAGUUGUGGGAAAAUGCUGUUCAUUUCUGCUCAGAACUGCAGCGGUUCCAUUCACUCUUUAACCAGAGCACAUUUGAUCCAUAUAGAGUGCAGCACACCGCUCAGCUUCUGUACGUCUCGUAUGUGUGUAGUGGAGCUCAGAUGAGCGUUGGCUUGAGUGAGAUCAUCAUUGAAGGUGUUCUGGUGCGUUUGAAUCCAGCGUUUGAGGAUCUAUUUGAUGGGGUGGAGGAACACGUGCUCACUCUCCUGCUGGAGCCCUGGACACUGUUGUCAAACACACUCACACAAUCACUGCGCUGGGUGGCACUGUGGGAGGAAGUGCGUUAUGCUGAAACUGAACUCUUCAACACACUGCAGACUCUAUACACACACACAAAUAGAAGACUGCAGCAGGUAACACACACACAAACACACAGAAGACUGCAGAAGGUAACACACUCACACACACAAUCACACACUCACACACACACACACUCACACACAACUGAGUUUGUUGAGUGCAGAACUGCAGAUCAGCACGUCAGACAUCCUGAUCUGUGGUCAAAGGUUCCAGCUUCGUUCAGAGGCUUCCGUCUCACUUCUCUGAUCCAGAACCAGGUUGAACUCCAGCAUUUCCUGUCCUUCCUGGAAGAGAAUUCAGCCAGUAUGCAUCUGCAGUGUUGGCUGGACAUCAAGCAGUUGAUGAAGACUCCUCAGGAUGAUGAAGAUCUGUUAAAAAAAAGAAACACAAACAUCAAAGCUCAAUAUCUCACCAGCAACUUCCUGUUUGGGCCGAGCAGCCCUGCCAGUGAAGAGCAGCAGACAAGGUUGUUGCAGAUGUGUGGUGGUUAUCUGCAUCUUCAGCGCGAGUGUGUCUCUGUGUCAGUUCUCACUGAGCUUCAGUCUGUCGUUCAGGAUCGAUUAGAGUCUCAUUGGCUGCCGCUGUUUCUGUCCAGUUCAAAAUUCAUCACGCGUCACAAACCGCAGGUUCAUCUGUCAGACGGUGUGUGUGAGCAGUCUGUGGUCCGUCAGUACAGGAGGAGACGACAUCAUCAUCAGUGGAAGGCUGUUGUUGGUGUGAUGAGCUCGUGUCAGGAGUGUGUGUCUCUCCGCAGCGCUCUGUUGAACCCCGUCACCCGUCUGCAAUUCCAGAAGUUUGUGUGUGCUCGUGAUGAUCUGCUGGAGAAUGAUCUGCUCUUCUGGCUCGAGGUUCAGAGGUACAAGGAUCUGUGUCACUCUCACUCUGAUGACAUGAUGAUUCAGAGGAAGAUCAACAUCAUCAUCAGCUGCUUCAUCACAUCGUCUCUCCCCCCUGCACUUCAGAUCCACAUCCCACCCGACCUCGCCGAGCGAAUCACAAGCCAGUGGCGAGCACUCGGACCGUAUGUCUUCAGAGAGGCGCAGGUGUGUGUGUUCAAUGAGCUGCUCAAACACUGGCCGGAUUUCGUGGCGUUCCGUGCAGCUGUCGGUGAGCAGCACAUUUUGCGUGUGCUGGAGGACAGACAGAGAGAGAGACAGACGAUCAGACAGACAGAUGAGCAGGAUGACAGCAGGUCUCAGGAGGAAGAGGAGGAGACACGAGCAGCUACUGAUGAGGAGCAACAGCAGAACUGUGAUGAGAUGAGAGAGGUCACGUAUAAGAUCUGCUGGUCGUACUCCAAACACAUGGCGGCAUUAGAACAACAAAAAUCCCAAAGCGACAUCCAAGAGGAAGUGACAUCAUCAUCAGAGACAGGUAGACACACAUCCAGCAGCAGGUGUUUUGAGUGUUCAGGUGUAAAGAUUCUGCCUUUAAUCAGUGUGUGAACUUUCUGUUC